CCCGUAUCUAACUAUCAACAUAAUAAUUUCCAAAAAAAUUCUCAACUUUUGUGAUCAUGGCUGGAAAUAUUUCGUUGAUUCGAGCAAUUAAUUCAAGCAGAAACGAUUGGAAAAUAAAAGUCCGUGUUUCAAGGCUCUUUGAUGUGCUAAAUUUCCGUAAACAAAAUAGUGUGAUUAGUCUGGAUAUGGUCUUAAUUGACGAAGAGAUGAUGAUAACAUCCCAUUGUAUAGAUUUGAUUUUAUACAAUUACAUUUUUUGGAACAAUUCCGUAGUAAUGCAGUACUCCCUGAUGUGGUUGGUCUGGUUGUGAACGAAGUCGGAGACUCAAUCGAAAUAGAAGACAAGUGGUACAUACAAUUUUAGUUUUUUUUAAUAGCAAUAAUAAUAAAAAUAAUAUGCUUAAUUGAAUUAUCAAAUAUGUUCAGGGGACAACGCAUCCAAAUCAAGUUUUGGAACGAUUGCUUUGUUGAGUACUCAAAACAAAAAGACUUACUUAGUGACUCUACUAAGCCUUUUUUUAUAGUCGUUACUUCUACCAUGGUUAAAGAAUUUAAUGGUAAACUUAAUCUAUGUACUUCUUCGUCAACUAAAAUCUAUAUAAAUCUUGAAGUCUCUGAAGUUGUUGAGUUGAAAGGUAUAUUAAGUGAAAAGUUAGAGAAUACUACUAUUGGGAAGCUUGACAUACAACAUACCACCAUGAACGCAGAAGACAUUGCUUCUAAGACAAUUGAUAUUUCAACUCUUAUGAAUCAUGUUCAGAAAACCGUUGAAAAGGACUUAAUCUUCUAUUGCAAGGCUAAAGUGACUAAAGUUUUCGGUGAAAAUAGCUGGUACUAUAUCUCAUGUCCAGGGUGUAAAAGACGCAUAACACCAAGAAAAACAGACUUCUGGUGCAUACCUUGUGAGAAAAAAACUGAAAGGCCAAUUCCAAGGUACCGUUUGGAGUUUGGUGUUCUUGAUCAUAGUGGAUCUACAAUAUUUGUGAUUUUUGAUGAAGAAGCUAAGAAACUCAUUGGACAAGAUGCAAGUACUCUUUUUGAGGCAAAUAUUUAUGAAAAGGCUACUAGCAACAACGAUGAUAGCGACAACGAUGAUGAAGUACAAAUUCCGAAAAUCAUUGAAAAUAAUAUAGGGAGAGAAUUGUUAUUCAAAGUUAAAAUCACUGCUUAUAACCGUAAGAUAAAAAGACAAACUUUUACUGUGAUGAAAAUUAUCGAUCCAACUUUCAUCGAGGGCAAUGAUAAGGAAACAAAGGACAAGGAAAUGGAAGACAACCUUAAGGAUGGUAGUGAUUCUAAGGAGGAUACCAAUGAUUCGUCCAAUGAUACAUCAAAAAAGUCAAAGGACGAGAAAGUUGUAGACAACAAAAAACGUCCUCAUGAUGGUAGUGAUACUAAGGAAGAUAACAAUGAUUCGCCCAACGACACAAUAAAAAAGGCCAAGGCUUAACUUCAUGACAAGGGGUUCUCUCAAAAAUAAUAAUAAGGAAGCAUGCUCAUGGAUCCGAAGAUUUUGAUUUUUAUUAUCUUUUAGUUACAAUUAUCACUUUCAAUAAUAGUAGACAGUUGUGUUGAUCAAGUAUUUUAUGAUUUAGAUUUUCCUUAUCUUUUAGUUACAAUUAUCACUAUUUUCAUUAUCUUUUAAAGGAUUUUAUGAUUUUUAAUCCAAUUUAUCUUUUAGUUAAAGUUC